UAAAGCUUGAAUCGGACUUCGAACUGCUCCGAAAAGAACUGAAGAAAAUCAUUAUGGAAGCAAGGAAGUUUUUUGAAUUGCAGCUUUCGGAAGAAGUGGAAAAGGCCGGAAGUGACAUCAUUGUACAGGAACUAGGUAUUGAUCAGCAGAAACAAGGGACUGUUGUUUCGUAUAUUAAGAAGUGCGUGAACAUCUGCUGGUCAAUGUGCAGACAUGAACCACCCGUGUAUGUUGAAUUUAUGGAUGUGGGUGACGACAUUCUUUUCGAUACAAACAAAUACAAACCAUAUACAAAAUCGGGGAAACUUCUGGAUUAUAUUGUAUGGCCGGCAGUUUAUCUUCAUAAGGAUGGGCCCAUACUAGCAAAGGGAGUAGCUUAAGGAAAAGCAUAAGACGAACUGAAGAUGAAAAUAAUUGUCACUGGCACAAUAAAUGAUAAUUCGCUGUUAUAAUUUAACACGUUUAUCAUUCAUCUUAAUUUGAUGUUUUAAUCUUACUGUUUAGAUAGAUGCACGUGUAAUGAACUCAGAUAUAUAAAAUUUUCAAAUCAA